AUGGCAGGGAUGGAGCCCACACCCUCGAAAAUUGAGGAUCCCUCUGCCAUCGAGGGUCUCAUAUUUGAGCUGAGCCAAGUUCAACUAGCCCUGGACCCAUCACCUACUCCCCCAACUGCCGGAGACAUUGUGGUGCCGGAUGAUCCAUGCAACCUUUUCCUGUCAAGGUUGAAGUUGAAGGUGGUGAUGAGGGUCAUCUGGAAUGACAUCAUUGAGUUCUGGGUAACAUCUAUCAACGUCCGGGUAACUAAUAUUGAGUUCCGGUACCAAGUGCCGAGUGCCGGGUUUCGGCACUUGGUACUCGAUGCCCAGAACUUGGAACUUGGCACUCAGUGCCCAGAACUCGGUACUCGGUACUUAUACCAAUACCUAGGCCUAUCUGUCUAUAUGAUACAUAUCUGGGCCCACCCGUCUGUCUAA